AUGCAGCAAACACCUGCUGCUACCCCCAGCAUACGGAGCUCAUUAGGAGGCGCCUCGGGUCCCUGGAAGACGCGAAAAACUGCCAAUGUGUUUCCCACUUGUGGUUGGGGAGCUCUGUUCAGUGCAGCGGCUUGGUUCUGCUGGUUCUUUCUGCUGCUGCAGAAAGUGUCGGAGGAAGUUUUGUGCGUGAUGUGUGAGCCGCGCUUCGGCACCGGGGAACUCGAGAACAAGGGCAAACCCAUCCUGUGUCCGCAGCUGUGUGAAAGGUGGUUCAACGCUUGCAAGGAGGAGUUUGUGUCUGCCUCUCCGUCGGGGAGCGGCAGCGCCUUGACCUUUUGCGAAGACAGCUCCCUCAUCUGCUCUCGUCUCUCCUCUAGCGUCCCGACGGCCUCGUUUGGUGCUGCCCCGAAGCGGUCGGAGAGCAGCAGUGGCUACAGCCGCAGGGGUGAGACCCAGGAGGACUGGCAGGGAUGGUUCAGGGGGAUAGGGUUUGUAGUGUUCGAGGUGUUAAGUCGGCCGGAGGUCUGGCUGCUUUUGUUAGUGCUGGGCUUCCUGCUGAAUCAGCUGGUGCAGCAAGCUAGAGACAUAAUGCUAACGCAAAUGCAAGAAGAGAAGCUGCAGCGACGCCAACAGAUUCUCCAGAGAUACGGCGUCGAAGAGGAAGAGGAGGAAAUUGAAUCUGUCGGAGCUGCAGAUGAGAAAGAUAGUGCGGAUUCAAGCGGCGAAGCAAAGGAGGAAACAGAGAGGGUUGAGGCGCUGCGAAGCUCCCUCCAACACUCCAAGCCUGCAGAGGAACAUUCUUAA